UUUGCGCAUGCGCAGAGCCGCUUAGGGAGCUGUCCGUGUCAGUCGGUGCUGGAGUGUUUUCACUGAAGCUGAUUCUCUCCCCCACCGGUCCACCGACACAGACGGGAGCGAUGGAGGAAGAGUUAAAAUGCCCCGUUUGCGGUUCUCUCUUCAAGGACCCCAUCCUCCUGCCGUGCUCCCACAAUGUCUGCCUGGCCUGUGCUCGGAACAUCACUGUCCAGACCCCCGAGGGGGAGACCCCGGUGCAGAGCCGAGCCUCGGGAAGCUCUGACUACGACUACCUGGACAUGGACAAGAUGAGUCUGUACAGCGAGACGGACAGCGGGUACGGCUCCUACACACCGUGCCAGCUCAAGUCCCCAAACGGGGUGCGGGUGUUCCCACCGGCCAACCUCCACCGACAUCGCUCCCUCACCUGCCCGCUAUGCCACCGGAGCGUCUCCCUGGAUGAGCGGGGGCUCCGGGGUUUCCCUCGGAACCGGCUGCUGGAGGCCAUCGUGACGCGGUACCAACAGAACCGCCGCACCUCCGCUUCAUCUUCCUCCUCUACUUCUACUUCUUCUUCUUCUUCGUCUUCUUCUUCUUCUUCUUCUUCUUCUUCUUCUUCCACAGCGGUGAAGUGCCAGCUGUGCGACCGCAACCCGGUGGACGCCACGGUAAUGUGCGAGCAGUGCGACGUCUACUACUGUAACGCCUGCCAGCAGCGAUGCCACCCGUCCCGCGGUCCGCUCGCCAAGCACCGCCUGGUUCCGCCGCUGAACCGCGCGGCUGGAGGAAGCGCGCGAGGCGGCGGAGGAGGAGGCGGAGGAGGAGGCGGCGGAUGCGGCGUCGGUCAGCUGCCGCCCGCCACCGCGCGGAAACCGGCGACCUGCGUGGACCACGAAGCGGAAAACUUUAGCAUGUACUGCCAAAGCUGCAAGGCUCCGGUGUGUAUGAAGUGUUUGGAGGAGGGGAAACACGCCAAACACGACGUCAAAACGCUGCCCAUGAUGUGGAAACAACACAAGUGCCAGAUCUCCCAGGCCCUGAAUGGGGUCUCCGAAAAAGCUAAAGAUGCCAAGGAGUUUCUGGUUCUACUCAAGAACAUGCUGCAGCAGAUACAGGAGAACGGCGUGGAGUUCGAAGCUUGCCUCGUGGCCCAGUGUGACUCUCUGAUCGAGGCGCUCACCAGACAGAAAGCCAAACUGCUCACCAAAGUCACCAAGGAGAAGGAGUAUAAGCUAAAGGUGGUGCGCGACCAGAUCACCCACUGCACCAUGAAGCUACGUCAGACCACCGGCAUGAUGGAGUUCUGCCUGGAAGUCCUCAAAGAGAACGAUCCCAGUGGAUUUCUCCAGAUCUCAGAUGCUCUGAUCAAGAGGGUCAUAUCAUCUCAGGACCAGUGGGUGAAAGGGGCCCUGGAGCCAAAAGUCGGCCCUGAGUUUGACCUCACCCUCAACACUGACUCGCUGCUCCAAACCAUCCUGCAGCUGGACUUCUGCCAGGGCAAAGUGGAAUCUGGACCCUCGGUGCCGGCGGCUCCCCUCCUGCAGCUUGAGAAGUGCUGCACCAGGAACAACAGCGCCACCCUGGCCUGGAGGGUAACUGCGCCCCCUGCCAGCCCCAUUGAGGGCUACAUCCUGGAGCUGGACGAUGGCAACGGGGGACAAUACAGGGAGGUGUAUGUGGGGAAGGAGACAGUGUGUACUGUGGACGGCCUUCAUUUCAACAGCUCCUACAAUGCCAGGGUGAAGGCCUACAAUGCUAUCGGUGUGGGGCCGUACAGCAAGACUGUGGUGCUCAAGACCUCUGAUGUGGCCUGGUUCUCCUUUGACCCCAGCACAGCUCAUCGGGACAUAGUUCUGACCAAUGAAAACCAGACAGUCACCUGCAGUAGCUACGAUGACCGCGUGGUGCUGGGAACCGCUGCUUUCUCCAAAGGCAUCCACUACUGGGAGGUCCGCAUCGAUCGCUAUGAUAACCACCCUGACCCUGCGUUUGGCGUGGCGAGGAUCAACACCAUGAAAGACAUGAUGCUGGGGAAAGAUGACAAGGCGUGGGCCAUGUAUGUGGACAACAACCGCUCCUGGUUCAUGCACAACAACUCCCACACCAACAGGGCUGAGGGAGGAAUUGCCAAGGGCUCGACUGUUGGUGUCCUGCUGGAUCUGACCAAACGCACACUGACUUUCUACAUCAACAAGGAGCAGCAUGGACCGACUGCCUUCGACAACCUGGACGGGGUCUUUGUACCCGCAGUCAGCCUCAACCGAAACGUACAGGCGACCUUACUGACGGGCCUGGAGUUGCCAAAGACUACCAAACAGUAGGAGAUCCUCCCUCUGAGCGUGCCCUGGAUACAAACCAACGAUGUCAUAUACAGAUCGCUCCCACAUGGACCUUUUCCAGUCUCGUCAGAUGGGAUAUACCCGUCUCCCAUUCUUCUCAAGGUGCCCUUUGUCUUGGAUACACUAGUAUUGGCUCUUACAA